GCUCGGGAGCAGAAGUAGUAAUAGCAGUAAUAGUAGCAAGCUGCUGCUACUACUACUACUACUACACUACUACUACUACCGCUUUCUCACUUACUGAGUCGGGCAGAGAUGCACGCUGGUGCAUACAUUGUAAAUAUAGGGCGACCUUCCCUUCUCGUCAACCUCUCCAUCAGCCACUCUCACUCCUACCCAACACCAACACUCUCUCCCCUCCCCCUCCCCCUUCCCUUUCCCCCUCCCCACCACCCUCCCCGUCCGAGUUCGUUGCCAACCGUCGCGACUGCCUCCUGCGACACCCACUGUCUUUUUCGUUUCUUCUGCCACACUCCUUUUUGUUUCGGCCACCGAUCGACACAGCUUCCUCAAGCGCCCACUUCCUAUCCGGACCUCACUCUCCUUGCUUUGUGCUUUGACGACAUCCGUUUUUCCCUAAUUUCAGGUCUCCGAACUUCAAACCUCCUACUACUCUUUGCAAUCCCCUCUCUAUAUUUUCACCGAACAAACAUCGAGACGAACAACAUGCAGUCUUCUAGCUCCUUUUCCGACACGCGCAGCGGUCGACCGAGACCGGCCAACAUCUUGUCGGGCCGGCCUGCACCGUCCGAGUCGCUGCCGUGGCCCUCUCCUUCAUUCGACAUGGCGACGGGCUCCAACGUAGCCGCCGACCCAGGUCGGCCGUCUACACAGAUCAAGAAUGGCAGCCUUCCUCCCACACCCCUCACUGCGUCAUCCCAGAAGCUUCCAUCGCUGUUGCCGGCGGUCAGCAACCUGUCCCUGGGAUCGUCUUCAGCCGUGUCUGCGCCCAUCAAGCUCCCCGGCGUUGACGAGCUUGUGGCGCAGACGCCCCCACCCUCGGUCGGUCUUGUCAGCCGCGAGCUUCCAUCGGAGUCGUCUCUUGCCGGCCCUUCGUCGUCAGAACCCUACGUCUUGCCUCUGCCCGGAUCGAUGCCAGCGUCGUCCUCUCGCCGGGCGUCGAUGCCGUUGACGCGGGAGCAGUUCAACAACAUCCCAUCUUCUGACACUGUCUGCGGCCUUGGGCUCGAGCUCGGCGAGGAGACGCCUCGCCUUGGCGAUCUCAUGAGCACACCGAGGAUGAACACGGUGCGCAGAGGAGCGUCAAUGGCGAGCCAUGAUGCGCCAGGAGCACCGAUGAUGACCUCGAACGAGAGUGGCCGCUUCGCCACCCACCCCUACCCUGCUGGCCUCGUCUCGCCUCUCCAGCCCCCGCUGCGCAACUGGAACACUAACCUAUUUUCCGAGUCAAUGACGUGCCCGCGUCCGCCGCCCAGGAGGACCUCGACAGCCACGUCGGCAGACAUGGAACGCGAGCGAACCGUACAGAUUGAAGGCGAUUUGCCAAUGGGACACAAGCUCUGGGGCCUCGGUAUCUCUUUUGACGAAGGACGCACCUUCAAGCGCGGUCGCGAUGUUUAUGACGGCGACGGUAAACUCAUCGAACAGGGCAGUAAGGGCGAGGUAGAGGCUGCUAUGCCGCCCACGCCCACGCAGAGCGGCUCUGCGAAGAAGGCGCCCAGGACCGCUGAGCGUCCGUCGGUGCACCGAGACAACUCAUCGGCGUCCGUCUCGUCUAGCUCGUCGAUGUCUGCCUCGGCUGCCUCACCCACUCUCCCCGGGUCGGCGACCCGCGCCACAAAGACGACCGGUCUCACGCCUCAUGUGCACAAGACCAGGCUCACGCCCACUGUCGCAGCAUCACGCAAAGCUGGCUCGCCUACUGGUGUCGGCGCUGGCGAUGCGAGCGAAGGGGCCAGCCCGUCGCUCAAGAUGAAGUCCAAGCAGCGCUCCGAACAGCUCCGAAACCAAGUUGCAGCCGUGACCAAGGCCAACAACCUUGCCAGUGACUACUCGCUCUCCUCGUCUUCCUCUACCCUCGCUUCCUCGGCUGCUUCCACGUCCUCAUCGGCCUCGUCGGGUAACAGUAGCCCGCAGAUCAAACAGCGCCGACCAAAGACAGCGUCUCCGAGCAAAGGAAAACGAGGUGGUGGGCUCAGGGCAAAGGACAUCAAUGUCGCUUCCCCCAACAUGCAGUCGCCCUGGGGUGUCUUUGAGCUGGGCGGCUCAAAGGCGUGGCAGCCUCUGGGCGCACCGUCGAUGAAGGACCCCGGCCACUCUGCAUCGUCUGUCAGUGAAAAGGGAAAGGCGCCAGUCAAGAGGCAGCAACAGCAACAGCCAACGGACCGAGACGAGGUCAUGUCGCCGCCGCUGUCUUCGAAAACCAAGAAGAGCCUGUCUUCUUCCUCGGACGUCUUUGGGGGAAGCAGGCCGAAUUCGGCAAGCGGUGCUGGACAAGGCACCUUUGCAUCGCACCAACGACAGCAGCAGCAACAGCGGAGAACGGUCAACUUGCGGUAGAGUUGACCGAGCCUCGGUCCAGUCCCUUUUCAUCGUCUGAUACAUGU